AUGCAGUCGAUCCAGUCCAUAGAGGGCCCGGGUCUUCCUGGUACCACGGACGAGAACGUGGAGGGCCGGCAGCAGAAGCCCAAGACCCUGCCCUGCAAGUACUGCAGUAAGCGAUUCAGGCGCGUGGAGCACGUUCAACGACAUGAGAGGACCCAUACUAAAGAGAAGCCCUUUGCUUGCGGGUGGGCGCGGUGCGGCAAGACCUUUGGGCGCAGAACCAACAAAGACUCGACCCAGAGUAAAUAUGCUUAUAUGGACAUCAGGGAUCUUCUUGUCCGACACGAGAAACUCGUCCAUCUCAAUGAAGGGUCGAACAAGGACAAUAGCCGGCCGCGGAAGCCGUCCACGGCCGGCGCUGUCCAGCACAUAUCCCCCGAAGCUCAUGUCGACGCCGAAAUGAUGGGCAUGCCUCGUGCACACCCUCAGCAUUACAGCAAUGAGCCUAUGAAUUCCGUUCCGGUGCACUCGCUGGCUCCAGAUCCUCGCAUGCCUGCCAGAGCGGCUGCCUGCAACCUGGAUCUGCUAUCUGACGCCGCAACGCAGAUCGCAUCGGCCAACGAGGUGAACUCCAUGCAACCCAUGAUGACAGAUAUGGGACAGCCCGCCGGGCCCAUGUCUCGCAUGAAACCCUAUGAGGAUGCCAUGGCGUAUGGGGACCGGGGCCGAGAGCAGGAGGCCAAUGCUAUGACAGUCCCCUUUCCUGGACAAGCGGUACCGCCUGCCUUUGACGACUACAAUUUAUUCCUAGAUGAAUUCGCAACUACGUCGCACUUCCUACCCCAGGUAUUUGAGACGGACCAGAACUUCGGAAUCUGGCCAAACAUGCAGAGAGGUGGUCAGUCGAAACCCGCCUCGCAAUUUCCGUCCCGUUUUCCGUCUGUUCAACCGGAUCCGAGAGACCCAGCUGAUGCUGGUGGCAGGGGCCAUGACGACUCGAACAGAACUUUACCCUUAAGGGUCUCUGCGAUGGACCACACUGUCAUCAAGAACCGUCUCGACGAGUUCUCGUCGGUGCUACCGAACGAUUUUGUAUUCCCAUCUCGUCAUACACUUACGAGAUUCCUUGAGGGAUACGUCGGUGGUUUCCACGACCAUCUACCCGUUCUACAUCUCCCAACUUUGACGCCAGCCGACCUCUCCCCAGAACUGUUGCUAGCAAUACUCGCUGUUGGUGCUCAACAUCGAUUCGAGAGCCACAGAAGUAACGCCCUGUGGUAUGCAGCAAAGGCUGUGGCUCUGGAACAGAUACGGCGGAGACACAGUCAUGAAGUUCACGGUCUAUUACCAACGCCCGCAGCCUACAGCCCACAUUCUACUCGACCUUCUCCAAGUCAUGGAUUCCGACACUCGUUCAGCUCUGUACAACAAGACCGGCCGAUGACCCAAGAUACACACCGAGAGCCGUACUCGCCUAAUACUCCACAAUCCCGUUUGGAGACAAUCCAAGCUCUCCUCUUGCUCUUCGCAGUAGGCCUAUGGGGAGCCAAGGCUAUUCUGCACGAAGCCUUAUCUCUCCAAAGUCUCCUAGCCAUGCUCAUUCGUGAAGAGGGGCUGCUGUCAGAGUCCACACAGACUGCCGACUGGGAAGCAUGGAUACGGAUCGAAGGGAUGAAUCGUACGAAGCUUAUCACAUACUGCUUUUUCAACCUCUGCAGCAUUGCUUACAAUAUGCCACCCCUGCUGCUCACAUCUGAACUCAACAUAUUCCUACCUCAUUCAUCCAAGCUCUGGCGAGCCGAAACUGCGUGGCAGUGGCAAGAGGCACGACACACUUUCCCGAGUAUGGACAUCUCUUUUCAGGAUGCAUUCUCAAGACUGUUCAGCCGGCCACCGCAAGGACCUCCCGCAUACCUGUCAUCGCUGGGCAACUAUGGGUUGAUUCACGCGCUCAUACAGCACAUCUUCUUACUCAAACAGACGUGCUUUACGUCAGCCCCUUAUGAAGCCCCUCGCGGUCUAAGGCCCGAUGAUGUCGAAGAGGUCUGGCAGGCGUUGAGGAUAUGGCAGAUGAGUUUUGAGCAGCACCAAGCUCGUGCGGCUGAGACAGGCCAGCCCAUGACCAGUGAUUCUUUUCCCGGUGGGCCCGUUGCCUACAACUCGACUGCUCUAUUGCGACUGGCCUCUAUCCGCCUGUUCACCGACUUGAGUCCUAGCAGGACUCUCGAGACACGCGAUGCAGGUCAGAUUGCUACUUCUUUCGGCGAUGCGCCGUAUCUGAUUCGAAGUACGCGUCUGAAUCGGGCGAUCAUGCAAGCUAUUCAUGCCCUGUCUAUGCUGGUGAAGCUUGGUGUCAAUUAUGUUGCGAGAAGGAAAUCUACCGAAUGGAGCAUGCAGCACUCCCGCCCGACAGAUCCUCCGCCAUCCUCAGAUGAGCGCAAUCUGCUAGAAAUGCUGCGGAGAAUGUUGGAUGAGACGGAAUUCGCAGUCCCCAUUGACCCUUCGCUUUCGGGAGGGCCAGGACACCCAUCUAACAUGGAUAUGGCUAUCAACGACAGUGCUAAGCUGCGUCAGCUCGCUGCCGCCGUGAUUCGAGUUUGGGCUGAGACCUUCAAGGGCUCUCACAUAUUCGAAAUUGUGAAGGUCAUUGGAAACGGCCUCGAAGGAUAUGCGGAUCUGAUCGAGAAGCCGCGGGAUAGGACGCCGCUCGGCAGAUUAGCACCAAACACGGGAUUGGGCUGA